AUGUGGAAAAUUGUUCUUUGUCUUUGCUUUGUAGUACGGAUAUCGAAGGGACAAAUUGAAGAUUAUACUGCAGUUGUUCCGAAUGUACCAAAUCCGUUGACACAAGGCGCUGUUACUCCAACCAGUAUUGAAAUAUCAUGGCCUGUUCAAACCCCAGCUGUUGGACAAACAACAUAUGAAGUCACAUACACAGAUGGCACCACGUCUAAAUCAGUAGAUAUAGCAACAUCAUCAUUGACCCUUACUGGAUUGACACCAAACACAGAAUACACCUUAACGGUGGUGGCAACAACAAAUGCCGGUAGUACUGCAGCAACUGAUGCAUUAGUUAUCCGAACUGCAGAAGACAAGCCAACCGCUGUUAGAAAUUUGACAGCUGCUUUUGAAACUUUAAAUUAUACAAUAACAGUAGCAUGGGAAAUACCACAACCUACUAAAGGAGAUAUCACAAAAUACAAUGUGAAAUGGACUGCCAGAUCUGAGUCUGGUGGUAGUGACACUACCGUGACGAAAUUUCCAAUCACAGCAACACAGUCUCUUACUGAUUAUGUUAUCUGUGUGACGGCAUUCACAAGCGCUGGUGAAGGUCCAGUAGACCAAGUCACAGUUACGACACCAAAAUUAGUGCCUGAAGUGCCUCAAGACGUCGCAAUAAGAAAAAUCACCAGUUCAACAGCAGUUGCAGAAAUCACACGUCCAAACAAUACUCAAAUUGCUGUCACCCAAUAUAUUAUAACAGUGAUUCAAGAUAUUGAUGACUGCAAUUCAUUUAAUGACGCAAGUUGCCAUGAGGGCGACCAGCAAACAUUCGCAGCUACAGCUGACAACAGAUACACAACAACUGGCCUCCAAGUCUACAGAAAGUACCUCGUUUCUGUGGUCGCAGUAUCUCUCGGUGGAAGAGGUGAAUCAUCCUCGAAUUUGACGUUUAAUACAGCCACUGGACCUCCAAACCCUAUCUUUAAUGUAGUGACUGUAUCACUACCUGGAAAAAUUGUUGUGACCUUCAACGCCGGAACCCCGAUUACUGGACCCACAACUUAUGGAGUACUCUUGACUGCGCCAGAUAAACCCGGUGCUGGUGCGUCGGUUCAAGCAUCUGUAUCGUCGUCGAUAUCUAUGACGGUUCCAGGUGUUGAAGACAAUACUGUUUAUGCUCUUGAUAUUACAUCAUUCGUUGACGGAGUUGGUGUAUAUACAUUACCUCAAGGAACAACCGUUACAUCAGUACCUUCAAGUCCGUCAUUCACCGUGGCACGUGAUAGUGAUGUUCAGCUUACACUGACAAUACUAGCUGUAGAUGGAGCAACAUCUUACUUGGUUUCAUAUAUACAGGCCAAUUGUCCCAACUGCACUGCUCACGCUGCAACGUCUACUAACACAACUGUGGUUCUGAGAGAACUCACAGCAUAUACAACAUACAGAAUAUCCGCAUUCGCUGUAUCCGCAGCUGGGACGAGUUUGGGAACUACCUUAUCACAGAAGACAAGGGCAGGAAUUCCUACUCUCAGAGAUUCAAACUACACAACAUCUUUCAUAAAUACGAGCGAUACAGAGACGUACCCUCCCUAUUAUACUGUCACAGUAAACAACGUAUGUGAAGAAAAGCCCUUUGUAUUCAAUGAAGAUACUGGAGUAAUCACAAAAAUGAUUUAUAUAGUUACUCAAAAUGGAUCAACAGUCAGCAUUGAUUUAUCAAGAUUUUGGGCAACUUCUUCCCAAGAAGAUGUUUCUUCCCCUUAUGUUACUCUUACCGUUCCAUGCAAAAAUAACAGUAAUCGAAAAAGGCGUGCUGUUGUGAAAAAUAGUGUAGUUAUUGGUGCUGACGAUACUUGCCAAACGGUUACGAAUACAGAAUGUAAUGGACCAUUGAAACCAGACAUAGCUUACACUAUACGAGUAUGUAGUGCGAAUGAAGAAAACAAUUCAGUUUGUACCAAACCGAGUGUAAUUGUAAAAACUGAUCCUGAGCCUCCAUUACGCGAACUGAUUGCAGGAGAAAUAGCUGCGAUUGUGCUUUGCUCCAUCUUUUUACUCAUUAUCAUCAUUUCUAUUAUUGCAUAUUGUGUGAAAAGUAAGUAA